UCCUCGCGCGCAUCAUGUUGUAAGUACUUAUACACAGAUCUUUGCGAUUUGGUUUGUUUCGGACAAACAAUUUAGUUUUGUCGAGUCUCAGUUGACAGUCAAUAUGUGGGUAGUGUUAGUACUGUAUUCACUAUUUCACCUCAGCUAUGGACAUCCUAUUCACACUAGUAAAACUAUUGGAAGAACCCGAGUAAUCAACAUAGCAGCUGUCGACAUUGAUUGGGAUUAUGCGCCUCUUGGUAACCUUGUCAACGAUGACCCUGUCGCAAAUAACUUCAUCCAACAAGGUCCGAAUCGUAUAGGCAGCAAAUACAAGAAGGUUGUAUACAGAGAGUAUACAGACAACAGCUUCUUGUAUCAAGCUCCUAGGCCUGCCUGGUUGGGCUACCUUGGUCCAGUGUUCAGAGCUGAGGUCGGAGAUACCAUCCUCAUCAGAUUCGCCAACCUGGCCUUCAGAUGCAACCAAUCCUUUACACUACACUCCCAUGGAAUCUUCUAUUUGAAGAAUGCUGAAGGUGCCGGAUAUGAGGACAACACAAGCGGCAGCGACAAGCUGGAUGAUGCCGUGGCGCCUGGCCAGGUGUAUGUAUAUGAGUGGGUUGUUCGAGAAACGUUUGCCCCGACUGCCGAGGAUGAGAACUGUCUACCCUGGGCCUACCACUCACAUCGUGUAUCUACCAGGGAUGUCGACACCGGCCUCGUCGGCAUGUUCCUCACGUGCAAGAGGGGAACACUUGACUCCAGUGGAAAACGGCGUGACGUCGACAAGGAGUUCAUUAUAUACCAGGACGUCGUUGAGGAACAGAACAGUUGGUGUAUCAGAUCCAGCCUCAACAACUGCCUCAACGUCACCGAGUGUACGCGACUUCUCGACAACGAGGACGCCGCCUUCGCUGCCUCAAACACCAUGGCUCACAUGAACGGCUGCAUGUACGGCAACCUCCCUGGUCUCGUGGUGAACGUCGGCGAGAAAGUUGUGUGGCAUUUCUUCUCUCUCAACGCUGGCUUACAGAGCGCUCACAUCAACGGACAAGUUUUGUUGGUUCAAAAUCAUAGAAUGAACACAAUCACGUUUUAUCCCGCCACGUUCCGGUCAGCGCUGAUGAUACCCGAAAAUCCAGGUGUCUGGCUCUUUGCGUCCAGAAUCUCGACCUGGUACAGGAAUGGCAUGCAAGCAUACGUCCUCAUUAAACCACGACAGAAAGGCGGUUACGGUUCUCUGUCGCCUUACUAUUCCGCCAGUGACUUCCUGUCACGUGACCAUUUGCCUGGAUUAUCUAUUCAUGAUGGACAUUCCGGGAGUUUCCUCCCUUACCACGAUGACAUCCGGCCAGUCAAGCGGUACUUCAUCGCAGCAGAGAAGGUGGUGUGGGAUUACGGUCCGUCUGGCCAGGACCUGUACUUUGGAGGGUCGCUGACGAACCCCAACAGCACGGCAUCGACCUACUUCACCCGCGGCAACAGCACCAUCGGCGGUCAGUACGUGAAGGCUCUGUACAUAGAAUAUACCGACGCCACCUUCACGCAGAAGAAGUUCCGGACUCCAGACAAGAUACAUCUUGGGCUGCUGGGUCCUGUUAUCAAGGCCGAGGUCGGUGAAACAGUGGAGAUAGUCUUUCUCAACAGAGCCGACCGCAACUACUCCGUGUACGUCCACGGAGUCACCUUCCCCAAGGAACAGGAGGGAUUCGUCACAAAAGACCCUUACAGCAACGGGACAGUGGGUAAGUUCGCACGACCUGGUGAGACAGUGGUGUACAGGUUCGAGGUGACCGACAGCGUGGCCCCCACCGAGGAUGACCCACCUUGUCUCACGUACACGUAUCACUCCGCCGUGGACGUUGUCAAGGACGUGUACACCGGACUCAUCGGACCAGUGGUCAUCUGUAGGAAGGGACAUAGCUUUGACUGGAAGUCCGAGGGUGGACCAGGACACUGGAGCAGCACUGGGUCCCCCACAGACCGGGAGUUCUUCCUCCUAAUCCUCACCCUGAACGAGAACGAGUCCUGGUACAUUGACGAGAACAUACAGAGAUUUGCUCUGAAUCCCUCAAUCGUCGACAAGACCAAUUCUGGGUUUAUACUCUCAAACACCAUGUUCUCCAUAAAUGGCCGAACAUUCGCCAACCUGCAAGGACUAGAUAUGUGCGUUGGUGAUCACGUGACAUGGCACCUGUUUGGCCUGGGGGCUUUCCGGGACAACCACGGCGUCAACUUCAACGGUCAAACACUGGAGGUGGACGGCAACCACGUGGAGGGGAAGGUCAUCAUCCCCGGGUCCGGGGUCACUCUCCAUUCCAUUCCGGACAGUGUUGGUCGCUGGUCAGUCCACUGCCGCACCAACUUCCACUUUACCAACGGCAUGGUCGCUCUGUACGACGUCUUCUCUUGCGGUGCACACCACUCCAAGCAGUGGGGGCAUCAGCGACGUCAUGUGCGACGUUACUACAUUGCCGCUGUUGAAGUUGUGUGGGACUACGCCCCAGUCCUGGUUGACCUGGUCACUGGACUGCCCCUGACCAACACCUCACUGGACGGAUACAAGUUCAUAAAAGGCGGCCCAAAUUUCAUUGGCAGUAAAUAUAAGAAGGCCUUGUACCGUCAAUACACAGACAGCACCUUCACAACACAAAUACCACGCGGGCCGGAAACAGAACAUCUAGGAACCCUUGGGCCGUUUAUCCGAGCGGAAGUAGGGGACAUCGUUGAGGUUGUCUUCAGGAACCUGGCCACUAGAGCCUACUCGAUUACACCCGAGGGAUUAUUUUACAACAAGGCCAACGAAGGAGCACAGUAUCAAGAUGGCAGUACCUUCACUGGAGACAAUGCGGUGCCACCAGGUCAGACAUACGUGUACCAUUGGGAGGUACCAAAGAGGUCCGGUCCUGGCAAAAAUGACCCCAACUGCAUCAGCUGGUUGUAUCAUUCGUCCGUUGAUUCGACCAAGGAUAUUAAUAGUGGACUGGUCGGACCCCUCGUUAUCUGUAGACGGGGGCAGUUGAAUGCUUAUGGUAAACGCACCGACAAGAUAAAUCGCGAAUUUGCUCUUCUUUUUGUAAUAUUCAACGAAAACGAUAGCCAUUAUUUGCAGGAAAAUGCUGCGACGUUCGCACCAAAUAGAACUAACGUUGGCGAUGCCGAUUUUAGAGACAGCAAUCAGAUGCAUUCCAUCAAUGGACUUAUAUACGGGAAUGUUCGUGGAUUAACCAUGAAGGAAGGAGAGUCUGUUGCCUGGCACAUUCUUGGUCUCGGCAGUUCUGCUGACAUUCAUCCUGUCCACUUUCACGGUCAGACGUUUAUACACCGCACGGACAAGGCUCACCGCAAUGACGUCAUAGAGGUAUUUCCUUCCACAACCGAGACGGUGGAGAUGUUCACUGAUAACCCCGGCACGUGGCUGGUGCACUGUCACCUCGGGGAUCACGUGAAGUUUGGAAUGGAGGCUGUCUAUACAAUCAAACCAAAAAAUAGUAUUGUCGGCCCACACCAUCUCAAUCACUAUUUAUUUCGACAAAAUCAUUAUUAAUUGAACCGUAGCUUAAUCAUUUAUCAUACGUCAUAUUAGACAUCAUUGCAUCUUCAAUUGAUAAUGAAUUAUAUUUGAAUUGGAAUACAUUUCAAUGAAUCUACAUAUAUGGACAUCUUUGUUGAGAAUUUAAUAUUGCAUUUGCUUGACUUGGAUGUAAUGAAACAAUAGAAUUUCAAUUGAAAAUGUCUUAAGUUAACGAUAUUAUAUCCAAAACAUGAACUGUACUGGCGCUUAAUCAGCACUCAAAGAAUACUUCUAGGUGUAUUUUUUAAAAUAUAAUUUGUUUUAAAACUUUCAAAAAUAAAAUAAUAAUGGACAAAAUAUUGCUGAUGGCUUUUUUUGACAUAAUUUGGAACAUCUGAAACAUGGUGGAAGUCAUGUAGUUGCAGAUUCCUUUCUCAACCCAGACUUAAUUGAAACAGUACACAUCUACACAAAAUUACCCAGCCACAGAUUGCCGUUCACAAAUCUCUACAGAGCGGUGCACUUUGGAUCUCCAUCUCCUCCGUUAAUAAACGUGUACAUGUAAAGUAAAUACGAACUGUACAAUAUAAUCCUCUCUAAAGUACAACUCCAUGCCAGUGUAGCUAGUUACUUUGAGUGUAUAUAAAACUUAAUUACAUAUAACACCCGGUACUUAAUACAGUUGCUUCCUAUAAUAUUGUGAUUAACUUUGUCUACAUGUACAAUGACAUGUUGCUUUUCAGGUUACGUCAUUGUUACUCCCUGUAAAUAAAGACCUGCCAAAU